UAAAAGUGGCUGUAUGCACCACGACGUCCCUAUGGCAGACAGUCCGAGCUUCUUUGGAUUUGGGCAGAGUGCUGAGAUUGACAUUGUUUUAGAUGGCACAGAGAACGGUAAAAUGGCAGAUAUCAAGUCGGAGGAUGGGAAAAAAGAGAGACAUUAUCUUUUUUACGAUGGAGAGACUGUAUCUGGGAAGGUGAAUGUAACCCUGAAAAAGUAUGGAUCAAAGCUGGAACACCAAGGAAUAAAAAUAGAAUUCAUUGGUAAGAUUGAACUCUAUUAUGUCAGAGGCAAUCAUCAUGAAUUCACAUCUCUAGUCAAAGAACUAGCUCGUCCUGGUGAACUUAUGCAAAAUAUGUCCUAUGCUUUUGAGUUCCUUAACGUUGAAAAGCCUUUAGAGUCGUACACUGGUUCAAAUGUACGACUUCGAUAUUUUUUGAGAGUUACUAUUGUGAGAAGGCUUUCUGACAUAAUUAAGGAAAUAGAUAUUGUUGUUCACACCUUAUCUUGCUACCCAGAAAUGAACAACAGCAUAAAAAUGGAAGUUGGCAUAGAAGACUGCUUACAUAUAGAAUUUGAGUACAAUAAAUCAAAGUAUCAUUUAAAAGACAUUAUAGCGGGAAAGAUAUACUUUUUGCUUGUGCGCAUAAAAAUCAAACAUAUGGAGAUUGCAAUAAUCAAAAGGGAAACCACAGGAUCUGGACCAAACACAGUCACAGAAAAUGAAACUAUAGCAAAAUAUGAAAUAAUGGAUGGAGCUCCAGUAAGAGGAGAGAGCAUUCCAAUAAGAGUAUUUCUUGCCGGCUAUGUUCUUACUCCUACAAUGAGAUAUAUUAACAAAAAAUUUUCAGUGCGGUAUUAUUUGAAUCUCGUGCUUAUGGAUGAAGAAGAUCGCCAUUAUUUCAAGCAACAGGAAAUAACGUAAUGGUGAAAGGGUGAAAAAACUCGAAAAAAUCUUCAAACAUCCUCAAGGACAUCACCCCAACUGCCUCAUGCAAUUCCAGGAACUCAGGAACACACCUCCAACCAACCAAUUGAAGAUAUGAAACGAGAAGACGAAGACAAGGGUACAGUGUCAGGUGCUGAGAAUGAUUUGAGAAGGAAAGCGCCUGUUGAUGGUGACAAGGCUGAUGACUGACUGUACAAAAGCCAGAUUGUGUAAAGUACUAUGCAAAUAAGUUCACAUGCUCCCAUUCCUGAUGCACAUGGUCAUGUGAAAUAUGUAACUGUGCUUAAGAACUUCGAGUAUUUACUACUGGGAGUGCUGUUCUCAUUACUCAGUGACUCUGUACAUAGCACACAUUUGUUGUAACUAUAUUCAGUGUGCAGUAUGUAUCAAUUUUGUCCUACAAAUACUGUGUUUUUCUUGUAUGAUGUAUUGCAUAUAUGUGCCAUUAUCUUCAGGAGAUGUGAAAUGUCUGUAUAGUCUUUUACAAAGCAGCUUUUAGUAAAAGAAUGUUGUUCUCUAAAUAUUUUGUUAUGUGAAAAGACAGCAAUCAAAUCAGUGCUGCUGUUGAAAUGUUAUAACUCAAAGUGGGAUUUAUACAUUCUGGGUAACAUUAUGAUUCAAUAUAUACAUAUUGAAUGACAUCAUGAUUCAAAAAGGAAAAAUUGAGCCUUUUAUGAAAGUAGUUUUUUUUUGAAGUGUUAUUUUAUACCAGUGUCUGGCACUACUUUCUUUUUGCAGUGUUUCUGAUGUGAUGAUAUGUCCUUUAUGUGUGUUUAU